CCUUUUCGCAACCUAUCUCUCAUCAAACACUUCCCCUUUCUCCUCCAAAUUGUCUCCUCACUCCCUCAUCUCAUCAAGAAGUCAAACACUAGCUAAAACUAAAACAAUGGCGGUAAAGAGAUCUUCGAAGGUAACACAAACAGCAAUGUUAAAGCAAAUCCUCAAGAGGUGCUCGAGCUUAGGUAAGAAACAAUGCUACGACGAGGAAGGCCUCUCUCUUGACGUACCAAAGGGACAUUUUCCUGUUUACGUAGGCGAAAAGCGUAUGAGGUACAUCGUACCAAUCACCUUCUUGUCUCAUCCCGAAUUUCUGAUCCUUCUUCAACAAGCAGAGGAAGAGUUCGGUUUCCACCACGACAUGGGAGGACUCACCAUCCCUUGUGAAGAAGUCGUUUUUCUCUCUCUAACAUCCAUGAUCCGAUAAGACGCAGAGAGAGUUUUAUAUUAUGAUCAAGACUAAGAUUCUUUUCUUUUUGCCUUUGGAUAAUAAUUUGUUAUCCAAAUGGUUCUUUUUUCCUUGGACUAAUCAAAACCUGUAAGAUCCACCUAAAAGAUCAUUCUCUACACGGAUCAUGUAAAUCUCCAUCGGGUUUUAAUUAGUUCGUUAAUUCCCCCUAAUGGGGUUAGUAUUCGAUGGAACAUGUCGAUCUGUUUUUUUUUUCAUUGAGCUGAUAAGUGGUGGCUUGCGCUAAUAGAUGAUUACCGCAAGUUGUAUUGGCCAUUUUUUUUUAGGUUUGAAUCUUGUGAUCGUUCGAGUUCUUUGAAACUAAGAAAUGUUCAAUCUUUGUAUGAGUCUUUUCAUUGUUUACUUUUUCACGGAUGUAAGUAUUUUUUUGAGAUUUGUGCGAGUGGUGUAUAAAUUAAAGCUUCCA